ACCUACCUAAGGUACCCUUUGCCCACCGGCGCUAGCGUAGGUACAAUCCACUAUUCAAACCCCCUGUCGGGUCGGAUCUAGGUAAACUAAGGUAGUUGCUCUCUGUGUGUGGUGUGUGCCGGGCGUCCCCCAAGCAGACCAAGGGAAAUUUGCUAACACGAGCAUUGGAAGGCCUUCCCCUGAAGCCAUCGGCCCUCCUCAACCACUCGAUUCUGCCCAUCACCGCUGUUGUUUUCGAAGGCUUGUGCAAGCCAUACAUCACACCCACACCCCACGCCCUCUCCUAUCUCUUGUUCCUGUUCCAUCCUCUGGUCCCGUGCCUGUUCCGUGCCUGUUGAGUUCCUCAAGAACCUCAUCCUCUUCCACUGACGUCCGCUCUGGUUCUGUCUCUCUCCCAACAAUCGUUGCAUAUCUCGCCCAAGAUGCCUCCAGCAGCCGCCGAAAGCGCGUCGCCCAUUGGCAUUGCCAACCUGCCCAACCAGCGACACAAGAUCGUGGCCAAGAGGGGUGCUGCCUUCACCAUCAUGGUUGCUGGUGAAUCCGGUCUGGGCAAGACGACUUUCAUCAACACUCUUUUCUCAACCACCAUCAAGAACUAUGCCGACCACAAGAAACGCCAUCAGAAACAAGUCGACAAGACCGUCGAGAUUGAGAUAACCAAGGCCGAGUUGGAGGAGAAGUUCUUCAAGGUCCGCCUCACCGUUAUCGAUACUCCGGGCUUCGGCGACUACGUUAACAACAAGGACUCAUGGAUGCCCAUCAUUGAAUUCCUCGACGAUCAGCACGAGUCCUACAUGCUUCAAGAGCAACAACCUCGCCGCCAGGACAAGAUCGAUCUCCGUGUCCAUGCUUGCCUCUACUUUAUUCGUCCUACUGGCCACACUCUGAAACCCUUGGAUAUCGAGGUCAUGAAGAGACUGUGCUCUCGGGUGAAUCUGAUUCCCGUUAUUGCCAAGGCUGAUACUCUGAGUCCUGCUGAUCUAGCUAAAUUCAAGGCCAGGAUUCGUGCUGUUAUCGAGGCGCAAGGCAUCAAGAUCUACGAGCCCCCAGUCGAGGAGGAUGAUGAGGCUGCUGCCCAGCAUGCCCGGAGCUUGAUGGCUGCUAUGCCUUUUGCCGUUAUCGGCUCUGAGAAGGAUGUGAAGACUAGUGAUGGAAGGAUUGUCAAGGGCCGCCAGUACUCGUGGGGUGUUGCCGAAGUUGAGAAUGAGGAUCACUGCGACUUCAAGAAGCUCCGCUCUAUCUUGAUCCGCACUCACAUGCUUGACCUCAUCCACACUACCGAGGAGUUGCACUACGAGGCUUACCGUGCUCAACAAAUGGAGACACGCAAAUUUGGAGAGGCACGCCCCCGUAAAUUGGAUAACCCCAAGUACAAAGAGGAAGAGGAGGCACUUCGAAAGCGUUUCACCGAGCAAGUCAAGGUUGAAGAGCAACGAUUCCGGCAAUGGGAGCAGAAGCUCAUUGCUGAGCGGGAUCGCCUCAACAAAGAUCUUGAACAAACACAUGCCCAGAUCAAGCAACUCGAGACUGAGCUCGAGCAGAUGCAGGGCAGUGUCGCCCGCAGUGGUCGCCGUUAAGCUGACCUCUCCCAUACGUAUUCGCUAACCUCGCGCGGCUUCGUCUAACGUUGAUCCACGGUCUCCAUUAAUAAUGGAAGAGGGAGUCUAUGAUACCCAGUUUCUGCGCCUGCUUAAACUUAAUAAACAAAGUUGGCUUUACCCAAUCGAUAUGCUUAGGAGCUGUUUUUGAAGUCUGUCUAAUGAAACAAGGAUGGAUCGUGAGAGAAAGGGGGAGAGAAGCGGGUGCACAGGAAAGGGGAGUCAAAUACAUAAUAACUAGUCUAUUGUUCCUGGUAAUUAGGACUACGAAGCGUUCUGGCAUGUCGAGAUGAAAACAAAACGGAAAACACCGGGCGUCGUCCAAGAUAUUUCUCAUUAGCGGGCGCACUUUUCAAGUAGUACCCCAUCUCUAGCACUUUCUUCACUGCAGUUAGGUUUAGUUGACGAUGUAAUCCAGAUUUUUCUUACGAUACCAUUCA